AAAAUGUUUCCUCCAGUGUAGCAAUAACUGUGUCCACGGCCACAGCGGUGCAGAGGUGUGACUCUUGGAAAGGGGAAGUACCCCGGUCGCGUAGGAGGGCGGCAGGACACUGUGUGACUUUUUGUCCCCCUGUAUUUUCCUUGUUCUCUUUAGUGAACUGCCAUUAAUUUUGUGGUGAAAAGUGGAAAGGAAGAAUGCACUAUUUUUAUUAUUGUCAAUAGUGGUUCCUCGAGGAUUUUGUCUAGUACUUCAGAAUUGGCCAAGUGCUUCUGUAUCCCCGGGCUGUGUUGAUCCUUAUCACAGUUCUGGGAGGACUGUGGGGUGUGGGUUCAUGCGUCCAUUCAUUUAUUAUGUACCUACUUAGUUCCCCGCAGCAGGGCGGGGGCUUAGCCCAGGAGAGUGGGCUGCCCAGGGCGAAAUGGAAGGAGGCCCUUAUCCUCGGGGUCCUGCAGAUGCGGGGUGGGGGGCUUACAGUGAGAGCCUCCUCACUCUUGGCCCCCAGGGGCCUUCCUUGGCUCGGCCUUGUGCUGGCACCACCCCUGCUCUGAGCCCAGGCACUGUGCUGGGUUCUGGGCCUGUGACAUUGGAUGACACAGGUAAAACCCUCUUCCUAUGUGGGGUUUUCCGUUCUAGAAGAGGAGGCAGGCGGAGCUUUGUGGCCCACUGAGGCUCCCAUUGGCGAAGGGACUGCUGACAGCAAAGGAGCAUUAAAGCUCAAGGCUCACCCUGCUGUCCUGUGGUCUUUCUCCCAAGCCUCCCGUGGCAGCCGAGUUGAUAUUUACGUUCGUGUGCCAGUUCCCAUGGGUAUUUGGCAGACUCAGUGUUAUGUCAUACUGUGUUUCCCCGAACAUAAGCCCUACCCACAAAACAAGCCCUGGCAGGAUGUCUGAGCACCUGCGCAAUAGAAGCCCCACCCCGAAAAUCAGCCCUAGUGAUGGGCGUGGCUGCGCAGCGUCUGCACAACCCCUGCGUGUCGUCAAGGAGUGGCCCUUCUCAUCUGCCCCAUCGUGACAGCUGCUAUCCCAGAGCCUCCUACGUGAUCACAGACCUGACGCAGCUGCGGAGGAUCAAGUCCCUGGAGCGGGUGCAGGGCGCGAGCAUCACGCGGGAGCUGCUGUGGUGGUGGGGCAUGCGGCAGGCCACCGUCCAGCAGCUCGUGGACCUGCUGCGCCACCUGGAGCUCUACCGCGCCGCCCAGAUCGUGCUCAACUGGAAAUCGGUUCCUAAAGUCGGGUCUCCCACUCUGGGCUUCCCAGAUGCUGUGAAGCCAGGAGGGCCUUUGGCGGCUUCUGUUAGAACUACGCAGAAUAUGCAGGGAGAAGAGCAGCCCGUGAAGCCAGAUGCUUUUACGGGCCCAGAGUCUGCUGCAGCUGGAGCCCGCCUGCAGCCCUUCCCACCGCCUGCUUCUGAAGAAGAUGCCCCUCAUUCCUUAAAAACCCACCUCCCCGCUUCAUUGGACUCAAAGGGCUGCAGCACCUCUGUCCCUGAGCAGGAAGAGCCCAUGAGCCUGGCUGGAGGCAGCCUGUUCUGGAGCGAGGCGGACGUGGUUCAGGCAACUGACGACUUCAGUCAAAACCGCAAAAUCCACGAGGGCACCUUUGCUGACGUCUACAGGGGGCAGAGGCUCGGGACGCCCUUCGUCUUCAAGAGGCUCAGAGAGACGGCCUGUUCCAGUCCAGGGUCGAUUCAGAGGUUCUUCCAGGCAGAGGUGCAGGUCUGUCGUAGAUGCUGCCACCCGAACGUCUUACCUGUGCUGGGCUUCUGUGCGGGAAGGCGGUUUCACAGCUUGAUCUACCCCCACAUGGCCAAUGGCUCUUUACAGGACAGACUCCAGGGCCAGGGUGGCUCAGACGCCCUGCCCUGGCCGCAGCGCGUCGGCAUCUGUGCGGGGCUGCUUGGUGCGCUCGAGCACCUGCACGGCCUGGGCAUCAUCCACGGCAACGUCAAGAGCUCCAAUGUUCUGUUGGACCAAAAUCUCGUCCCCAAGCUGGCACACCCAGUGGCUCACCUGUGCCCCGUCAACAAAAGGUCAAAGUACACCAUGAUGGAGACCCAGCUUUUCCAGGCCUCCGCUGCGUAUCUCCCAGAAGAUUUCAUCAGAGUAGGGCAGCUGACGAAGCGAGUGGACGUCUUUGGCUACGGAAUAGUGUUAGCCGAGGUCCUUACUGGCAUCCCCGCGAUGGACAGCAGCCGAAGCCCCGUUUACCUGAAGGAUUUACUGCUCCGUGAAAUUCCAAGCAGCACCACCUCCCCGCGCUCCAGGAAGACGGGCGUGGAGAGGGCGGUGGUGAAGGAGAUCUGCGGGAAGUACCUGGAGAGGGGCGCGGGGCGGCUGCCGCAGGACUGCGCAGAGGCUUUGGCCACAGCCGCCUGCUUCUGCCUGCGCAGGCGGAACGCCAGCCUGGCGGAGGUGCGUGGCUCCGUGGCUGCUGUGGAAGAGCAGCUCCACGGUCAGGAAACGUCACACUCUUGGCGCGGGCUCUCUGAGGUCACAAGCUCUUCCUCCAACACCCCAGAAGAAACAGAUGACGUUGACAAUUCCAGCCCUGAUGCCUCUUCCUCUGUGAGCGGGGCACCCGGGGCGGGGGCUACUGCCUCGUUUCUCCCCACAGAACUCAGGGAAGGAAGGCUGCAGGCCGCCUCCUCCUGCGUGGCCUCUGCAGGCGUGGAGCCUCCCCAGGACGUUACAGAGACUUCGUGGCAAAUUGAGAUCAAUGAGGCCAAAAGGAAACUGAUGGAGAAUAUUCUGCUCUACAAAGAGGAGAAACUGGACAGUUUGGAGCUUUUUGGCCUCUGAUGGGUGGAACACAGCUGAGGACCCACAUCCUCAAUCAAAAAGACGAGCACGGGAUCAAGAAAAGGUCUGCAGCAGAAGCCAGGAUCUGGCAGGAAACACACAACUGAUGGUCAGCUUUCUUGGGAGGGAGGGAAACUUUCAUUUUGCCACAGUGAGUUAGGGGAGAAGAGACGUGAAAAUCCAGGAAGUCCUCUUCCUUUCUGGGGUUUGUUGGUCAGAGCCAGGUAUCGGAGGAAACUGAAGCAGCAACUGGUUCAUGGGCCUAGGAUGUGGGUGAUGUUAUGGUUCUGGGGAGAGUGUAACGAUAGCCACCCCAGCAGAUACCGUUACCUGUCAGCCCUUGGCCUUGUGCUCUGAUAACUGACAGAGCAUUCUGCAACGCCAGUGGCAUUUUCCAAAGUUAAGAUCUCUGGGUCAUGUUUGCUGCCAGCUGUCUGCAGACUUCCACACUCUGAAAGAUUGUCAACUUGAGUCCCAGUGCAGUUCUUGACUCGCCUCUUCAGGUCUCAAGUUUUACAGAUGCCAGACACGUGGCAAAGGGCUCCGUAGGCUUGCCACUGCCCCUGCUGGAAAUCUUGCCACCUGCAGGUAUUUAUUAAGUGCCUGCUCAGCACCUGUAUCCUCCCAUCCCACUAAUGCUAGUAUUUUUUAAUGGCGCUUUUAUUUUGAGAAUAUGUGUUUAUUUAUGGCUGAAUAAAAAAUCAGGAGAACGUGUUUCAUGUCUGGUUCUGCUGCUAAUUAAGUCAAUGCUUUACUGCCUGGGACCUCAGUUUCCUUGUAAGUAAAAUAACACCUGCUCAUUCUCCCUCCCUGGGCUGUUGGGAGGAACAGGUGAGGCAGUGCUUACAGAAGUACUUGAAAAAUGCACUUUUCCUGUUUUUCCUGUUUUAUAAAAGAAAUAAAAGGUAUUACAUGUAUAUUUCUGCCAUGUA